AAUGCCCUCCACUCCCUCUUCAUAGAACCUAAUAAGUGAUAAACUCCGGGACUGAAAAUGGCGACGGCGGGGAGCCGGACCUCGUCGUCGGGAAUAUACGAGUCGAAUAACAGCACAAACGUUGAAAGCUGUCUUCAAGGAAAUUCAAGCACCCCUAGUCUUCCAAGCAGUCACGGUAAGGCGAAGAGUAGUACAGGGGAAAACUCACAAUGGAGACGUAAAGAUCUACGCAAAGUCCGAAGUGUGGAUCUGGAUAAACCUGAGUCGCUGCUCCUAUCUCCUGAGACUGGGACGGCUCCGAUAUCCGCGCAGCUUCACUUCUUGUCCAUUUCCUCGCCUGGUGCGGUCCAGGCUACUUUAUUACAGAAAACACCCCACAUUCAGCAGAGCAACUCACUAACUGAUCACCCUCUCUCGGAUAAAACGACUAAUAGUUUGUCUACAGCCGCUCAGGAAUUGUUGAAAACUUCUUUCAAAAACAGCAGCGACCAUCUCAGUCCGGAUAAUGGUGCAACCGUAACUUCAAUAGAAGUUAAUACUACACAAAAUAGUCGCGACAUGGAGAGUAAGGAUACCCUGCGGGGUCUGCAGAAGAUGGAAGACCGGCCAGAGGAGCGGAUGAUCCGGGAGAAGCUCAAGGCCACCUGCAUGCCCACCUGGAAGCACGAGUGGCUGGAGAGACGUAGCAGGAGGGGCCCGGUGGUGGUGAAGCCCGUCCCCCUGCGACCGGACGGGAGCGAGGCGGGCUGCAAAGGGGCAGAGGUCGGAGCCGACGCACCCACCAGCUCCUCCCCCCAGCAGAGCAGAGGCCGCCGCAGCCCCUCCCCUGGACCCCCCUCUUCCUCCUCCUCUUCCUCUGGCAGGGCCGGUGGGAAGCCUGAGUCCCCCGGGGUGCGCAGGAAGAGGGCCUCACCCGUGCCGUUUCAGAGUGGCAGGGUGACGCCCCCUCGCCGGGCGCCCUCCCCAGACGGCUUCUCCCCCUACAGUCCUGAGGAGACCAGUCGCCGUGUCAACAAGGUCAUGAGGGCUCGCCUCUACCUACUGCAGCAGAUAGGCCCCAACUCCUUUCUGAUUGGAGGAGACAGCCCCGACAACAAAUACAGGGUGUUCAUUGGUCCACAGACCUGUAGCUGUGGCCGAGGGGCGUUCUGUAUCCACGUCCUCUUCGUCAUGCUCCGUGUCUUCCAGCUGGAGCCCUCAGACCCCCUGCUCUGGAGGAAAACCCUAAAAAACUUUGAGGUGGAGAGCUUGUUCCAGAAGUACCACAAUCGCCGCAGCUCGCGCAUCAAGGCGCCGUCGCGCAACACCAUUCAGAAGUUUGUGUCGCGCAUGUCCAACCCUCACACGUCCUGUCCGUCCAGCAACUCUGGUGCCUCGAGCAACGACAGCAGUAGUCUGAAGGAUGAAGAGGAGCAGAUGUGUCCUAUCUGUCUGUUGGACAUGCUGGAUGAGGAGAGUCUGACUGUGUGUGAGGAAGGCUGCAGGAACAAGCUGCACCACCACUGCAUGUCUAUCUGGGCUGAGGAAUGCCGGCGGAACCACGAGACGCUCAUCUGCCCCCUCUGUAGAGCCAAGUGGAAGUCCCAUGAUUUUUACAGCCAUGACCCCUCAUCUGUCUCCAUGGAGAAUGCGGCAGCGUCAUCGUCCCACAGUGAAGGGGGUUCAAGAGGGGGGUCAUCGUCCCAGGAGGGGGACUUCACCCUGCCCCAAUACGGGGUCCAGCAGAUCCCCCAGACCUACAAAGAACUUGCUGAGCCUUGGAUAAAGGUGUUUGGCAUGGAGGUGGUGGGUUGUCUGUUCUCCAGGAACUGGAACAUCAGGGAGAUGGCCCUGCGGCGGCUGUCGCAUGAUGUCAGCGGCGCGCUCCUCCUGGCCAACGGCGAACGCUCCUGGCCGGGGGCGGGGCUAGGGGCCGGGGCGGGCUGCUCUGAGGUGUCAGGUGACGUGGUGGUGGAGUCAUGCUGUAGUGUCCUCUCCAUGGUGUGUGCUGACCCUGUCUACAAGGUCUACGUGGCUGCACUGAAAACCUUGCGGGCCAUGCUGGUGUACACGCCCUGCCACUCCGUGUCUGAACGCUCGCGCCUGCAGCAGCUGCUCCGGUCCGUGGUGGAGACCAUCCUGGUCAAAUGUGCCGACGCCAACAGUCGUACCAGCCAGCUGUCGGUGUCCACACUACUGGAGCUGUGUAAAGGCCAGCUGGGAGAGCUGGCUGUAGGUAGAGAGAUCCUCAAAGCAGGGUCCAUUGGUAUUGGCGGGGUGGACUAUGUCCUGAACUGCAUCCUGGGGCCCCAGACGGAGGCCAAUAACUGGCAGGCCCUGCUGGGCCGUCUGUGUCUGAUUGACAGGCUCCUGCUGGAGUUCCCUGCUGAGUUCUACCCACACAUUGUCUCCGGAGGGGACUGGCACCAGUCUCAGACCCUGGGGGAUAGGUAUCAGAAGCUGCUCCCCCUACUGAGCUUCUCGCUGCAGUCCAUCGACAACUCCCACUCUAUGGUGGGCAAGCUGUCUCGCCGCGUGUUCCUGAGCGCCGCGCGCAUGGUGGCCCGCGUGCCGCACGUCUUCGUCAAGCUCCUGGACAUGCUAAGCGUCACCAGCUCCACGCACUACGCCCGCAUGCGCCGCCGCCUGCUCGCCAUCGCCGAGGAGAUGGACAUCCUGGACGCCAUCAACCUGGGCCUGGAGAGCAUGGAGCACAGCGCCAGCGAGGCGCACCAACGGGCCAACGCCGCCUUCCUUGAGCCCUCCGCACCUCAGAACUCUCCCAACGUGACCGAGAGCAACACCCCGACGCAUACGGUCCAGAUGACCAGCGGGAAGGGAGGGAGAGGUUUCUCCGGCAACGUGGGAGCGAGUCCUGAGGAUAUAAGUGAGAGGUUAGCGGCCAUCUCCACUAGCGCUGGGCGUCCCAAUAUGGCCACUUCCACAUGCGGUGGGGCCCUGGCCGAGCACCAAAAGCCCCCCGUUCAGGCGCGUAACCGCCCCCUCAGCCAGUGCCUGAACUCUACGCCUACCAGCCAAGCCCCCAGCCUCCCCUCGCCCUCCGCCUCCCACCCUCCCCCCUCCUUCCCAGGACCUGACGGCAGUACCAAACCCCGGCCCCAGAGCUUCGUCCCCAGCAAGCUAGCGUCAACUGCCCCCUCUGCUUCCUCCUGCUCUCCAGGCUCCCAGCGCAGGUUUCCCCAGCAGAAGCCCUUCAGCAACAAGGACCCAGAGAAGCAGCUCCCCUCCCCCUGUUUCACCCAGGCCCGACCCCUCCCCUCCAGCCAGAUCCACAGACCAAAGCCCUCCCGACCCACCCCCUCCGAGGGGGCCAAGACCCUCUGCACCUCGCCCACUCCAAGAGCCUCCAAGAUGGGCAUGAAGCUGGACCUCCAGGGGGAAAAGCCCAGCCUCUCCACCAGCGCCUCCGGAGGUGAAGGCCCCUCCACAGGGGGCCAAAUGGGGGGUGCCACCACCCUCAUCAGCAGCGAGGACAGCUGCUUCACCCCUGUGGAAGAGAAGUUCCGUGGACUGGACGCCUCUGCUGAGCUCAACUCCUCCAUGGAAGACCUCCUGGAAGCAUCUUUGCCCGUUGCCGGCGACACCACCACCGUCACGUUCCAGUCGGAGGUGGCCGUGCUGUCGCCGGAGCGGGCUGGGGACGGGCCGGGAGGAGGGGGAGAGGUGGGGAUGUACAGCGAGGACGUGACGCAACACCAGAAGUGCAAGGAGAAGAUGGAGGCGGAGGAAGAGGCGGCGCUGGCUGUAGUUAUGGCCAUGUCCGAGUCGCAGGAUGCGCUGCCCGUCAUCCCCCAGCUGCAGGUGGAUAAAGACCAGGACAUCAUCAUCAUCCAGGCAGAUACUCCAGAGACUCUGCCUGGCCAUACCAAAGCCAAGCAGCCCUACAGGGAGGGCCAGGAGUGGUUGAAGGGCCAGCAGAUCGGCCUGGGGGCCUUCUCCUCCUGCUACCAGGCCCAGGACGUGGGCACUGGCACCCUGAUGGCAGUCAAACAGGUGACCUACGUCAGGAACACAUCGUCGGAGCAAGAGGAGGUGGUGACUGCUCUGAGGGAGGAGAUCCGGAUGAUGGCCCACCUCAACCACCCCAACAUCAUCCGUAUGCUGGGGGCCACCUGCGAGAAGAGCAACUAUAACCUGAUGGUGGAGUGGAUGGCAGGUGGCAGUGUGUCCCAUCUCCUGAACAAGUAUGGGGCCUUCAAGGAGGCUGUGAUCAUCAACUACACGGAGCAGCUGCUCCGAGGCCUGGCCUACCUCCACGAGAACCAGAUCAUCCACAGAGACAUCAAAGGUGCCAACCUGCUGAUUGACAGCACAGGUCAGAGGCUGAGGAUAGCUGACUUCGGUGCUGCAGCCAGACUGGCCUCCAAGGGCACUGGAGCAGGGGAGUUCCAGGGCCAGCUCCUGGGAACCAUUGCCUUCAUGGCCCCAGAGGUGCUGCGUGGACAGCAGUACGGCCGGAGCUGUGACGUGUGGAGUGUGGGCUGUGCCAUCAUCGAGAUGUCGUGUGCCAAGCCCCCCUGGAACGCAGAGAAACACUCCAACCACCUCGCUCUCAUAUUCAAGAUUGCGAGUGCCACCACGGCGCCCUCCAUCCCUCCCCAACUGACCCCUGGCCUGAGGGACGUCACCCUGCGCUGCCUUGAGCUGCAGCCUGCCGACCGGCCCCCAUCCAGGGAACUCCUCAAGCACCCCGUCUUCCGCCUCAACUGGUAGUCCCCAACAUUCUCCCACAGUCCCCAACAUUCUCCCACAGUCCCCAACAUUCUCCCACAGUCCCCAACAUUCUCCCACAGUCCCCAACAUUCUCCCACAGUCCCCAACAUUCUCCCACAGUCCCCAACAUCCUCCCACAGUCCCCUAGCCUCCCUAUCCCAUAGUGUCUACUACUGAAGGCCCAGCCAGCCUGCCUGCUUUUCUCUCCUCCUCCCACCGCUGACAAUCAGACCAGCCUCCAUAACACAAGACCAGCGUCCCUAACCCUAGACCGACCUCCAUCCACCACCGACCAGCCUCCCUAACCCUAGACCGACCUCCAUCCACCACCGACCAGCCUCCCUGACCCCAGACUGCCCUCCAUCCACACCAAGCUGCCCCCAGUCAUGAGUGGAGGGCCUGGGAUGGAUGGGAUACCUGGGUAAUACCCUCCCGUUCCACUACUAUGGCCUCAAACUGCUGUACCUUAGCACAAAAUGCAAAAAGCGAGUCGCAAAAGUUCUACUACGAAAACGGUGCUUUCUUAGUUAGUGCCAUGUUGGUAUACUGUAGUCUGUAUUGCUCUGUUUUAUCAAGCCUCUGUUCUGGUAAAGAAAUGGUUCCUUUAGCACUUUGGUAGCCAUUUUGCAAUGGUUUCGAGAAGUUCCUCUUCCCAUUUUAACCCCCCGUGAGUCAACAAAUAAGUCCUUAGAACCGCGAUCUGGAGACGACGGAGUAAAAUGGUUUUUAUCACUGUUAUGUUGUAACGUCGGGUCAUAAGUUUCCGACUCUGUUUUUGUUUUUAGAGUAUCCUAUGUGUAGAAGAAAGGCAUAAUGAAGCUGUUUUAAUCAAUUGAAUUUGUGCAUAACUGCAUUUCUAUAAAGAUGCUUUUUAAGAUGUGCAUUUUUACUGUUGGGCCAUAAAGCUUAGUCGAAUAAUCAUGAAGAUUACUUAAGUAUUUCAGGGAGCGGUGAUUUAUCUAACAGAAACAUUGCUAGUUUGGCUAGCAUAACGCUGAAUGUGAACGCUUAUGAUGCCCGCAUUGUCUCAAAUGUUAUUUUAUUAUUUUAUUUUUUUGAGAUAAAGAUCCCAUGUAUGAAGUUAUGAUUUUAUAUAUAUAUAUAUAUAUAUACAAUAACACCCCAAAAAGAUCUAAACAUCUUUUUUUGGUGUUAUUGUAUAUUCAAAGCUAUCCUUAAGAGAUUGAGACAUUUAUUGUGUAUGGGCGUAAGUUUUCCGAAACACACUUUGAUGUCGUACCACACUGUUAAAAUGAAAACACCCUGUUGGUCUCUUAACUCUCGCUGUUACAAUUGAGCCAUGUGCAUCGCACAUAUUUUAGCCUUUUUUAAAUAAUUUUAUGAGCCCUAAAUGCUGUGUCCAUACAUUCAAAACCGCUAUAUUCAAUAUUGAUCUACCAUUCUUCUGGUGCUGUUCCUUUGUAGAAUGUCACGCUACAAUUCAACAAUUCAAUUUUUUAUUAUUUUUUAUCUUGGCUCUAUUUUUAAAACAAAUUGUUAUAAAAUCCAUGUACAUCUGAGGUUUUCUAUGACUCUUCUAUUUUCCAUUGUGGAUACUCUAUAUAAUGAAUAUAAAUGCUGUACAAUUUUUUUUAUUUUUGGUGGAGGGAUAUUUCCGAUUUAAGGCUGACUUUUCUGCUCAAAUGUUUUACCAUCUCCCUUUGAUUAGAAUUCUCAAACAUGUUCCUAAAUGGUGUUAAUUUAUGAACUAUAACUCCAAGUGUUGUUGUUGUUCUGGUUGUAAUCCAUUAAAGUAAAAGGAUGAUAAUUAACAUGUGGAAUGUUUCCUAAGUCAACCUUUUUUUAAAUGGGGAAUAUGCAUUUAAUUGCUAUUUUUAUCUGGAAUUCCUUAAUGGCAAGGGUUUGAGACAAUUAAACAAAUAAAAUAAAAAUGAAGCAGAAAAUAUAAUCUAUUUAAAACAAAUCCUAUUCUUUACAUGGAGUACAAGCUGAUCAAGCUUGAAGAGUUAAAUGUAAAUACAUGUGAAGUUUGGUAGCUAAAAUGAUUGUACUUGACUGUAUUUUUAUACCACACUCUUUUCCAUUUUAUUUUUUGGUUCCUGCUUCGGGUUAUUUUUCUUAUGCCUUUUUAAAAGCUUUAAAGUUAUGCACUCUGGUCUUUUUUAUAUACUGGAAGAAAAAUCUGUUUCUGUCAUUCAUAAAAGCUAAUCAGUAUUACUUCAAUUUGUCAUGUCUAUAAUUCUUACCAAUCUCUUAAUGCCUUCUGAAUCCUCUUGUCCACCUGUGUCUCAGCCAGCUUGCUGGUCUUUAUCUAUUUUGUCUUAUUUUAUGCUGAUGUGAUGUAAUCUUAUGUGCUUUUUUUGGAUCUAAGCUGGACUGAAAUUUGUGUGAAAUUGUUUCCUGUUUCCUGUGUCACUUGGUGGUACUUUUUUUUAUUUGUAAAGAACAUCUUGCUGUUUUAUUCCAGUCUCUACUACCUCAGGUGUCCUAUAGAGUCUCUUCUACCAAAGUUCACUUUCUCUCUCUCUAUAUAUAUAUUUAUAUAUAUAUAUAUAUAUAAUCUUUUUUUAAACUUUUUUUCUCAAAGAUUUUCAGGGCUUAAGGGCUAACUUAUAUUAGCACCUUUACUGUGCAAAUAAACUCAUGAAAUCUCUGGAUUAAUAAAAAAAAUGGCUUAAGCUGUAUCCUGUAAGUUAAAAUGUAUCAAGAUAUUUUAAUUAUUACAAUUUUUACCCCAUUCUAAGCAUUUUAUUGCAUAAAUUGGAACUUAUUUUGGUGUCUGUCUUUAUGGUAAAUAAACAAAAAAUUGGGAAAAAGGUU